AUGCGCCACGGCCGUCGCAACCGCCUCGAAGGAGCGCUCGGAACAAUGGCGAGCCAAACCAGUUCACCUGCAUCUUUUGACCCCAAACCCUGGCCCUUGACCCUUUCGGUGACCUCGAUGUCACCAACUCCCAACUCAAAGUCCCCAACAUAUGGCCUCCAGCCCCUAAAACUCACCUCCCAAGUCACCAACUCCCAACUCCCAGUCCCCAGCUCUCAGCCCCCAGCCCCUAAACCUCAGCCCCCAGCCUCUAAUAUUGAGCCCCCAGUCCCCAACUUAAAGCCCCCAGACCCCCACCCCAAGCCCCCAGCCCUUAAACCUCAGCCCCCAUCCCCUAAUACUAAGCCCCCAGUCCCCAACUUAAAGCCCCAACCCCCACCUCCCAGCCCUAAAUCCCAGCCCCCAACUCCCAACUCCCAGCCCCCAAACUCCCAACUCCCAGCCCCCAACUCUCAGCCAUCAGUCCCCAGCCCCUUGUGA